CAUUCUAAUAUAACUAACGUUAACAAUCAGAUGUGUAGCAUAUAAAGAUAAACUGCAGUCGAAUUUAGCCAUGAAGGUCGUUUUAUCCAUCGUGGUCGCUGUAUGCACCGUUAUGGGCGUUCAAGCCGAUCAAGUAACAAACGUAAAAGUUAACGCCGAAGCAAGUGCCGUUGUACAGUUAACUGACUCCAAUUUCGAAAAGCUAACCCAGGCCAGCACUGGAGCCACCACCGGACCAUGGUUCGUCAAAUUCUACGCUCCCUGGUGCUCACACUGUAGGCAAAUGGCACCAGCAUGGGAAAGACUCGCUAAAGAGCUUAAAGGUGUAGUGAACGUAGCAGAUUUGGAUGCUACACGCGCACCAAAUGUAGCAAAGAGAUUCGCCAUCAAGGGAUACCCAACACUGCUACUUAUCGACAAGGGACGUAUGUACCAAUACAAAAACGGAGAUAGAAGCACCGAGAAACUAGCAGCAUUCGCCACCAACGAUUACAAAAAGGCACUUUCUAACCCAGUACCUGCGCCGUUGACCUUCGUAGGAGUAACAAUCGACUUCUUCGUAACAGGAACACAGGAAGCACAACGCAUCUAUGAUGUAGCCUUCAGAGGAUUCUUUGUUAUCAGCACAUUUGCAUUCCUGGGAGGUAUACUCAUGGGAAUGGUCAUCGCUGUCAUUGCAUUAUCCAAAGGUAACUCAACAGCACAUGGCAACAAAAGCCCAAGGAACGCCCGCAAGCAGGAUUAAACAUUUAAUUAACAACUAAUAACAUGCUGAAAUAUUUCUAAAAAUAAACUCUUUGGUGUGAUUUUUAACGUUGCGC